AUGGAGAAGUACGAUCAAAAUGCCGUUGUCGCAAUUAUCGGGGUGGGAUACGUCGGCGAACAUCUCAUGGAAGUCUUCUCUUCCGCUUUCCAGGUUAUCGGAUACGACGUCUCGGCUUCUCGAAUAGAAAGAUUGCGAUUGAAGCACUCACGGAGAGACAGUGUCAAAUUCUCCAUCGAUGAGAGAGAUUUGAAAGACGCGGCACACUUUCUCGUUUGCGUACCGACCACCCUAGGGCUGAACGGCCAAGUAGAUUCCUCACAUGUCCGCAGCGCAAUAGACAUGCUGCAACGUUACGCUACCAACGAGUCGGUAGUGGUCAUAGAAAGUACCGUCGCCGUCGGCAUGACGAGAGCACUCCUUGGACCGCUGGCCGCGUCGCGCGGCAUCUUUGCAGGGAUGUCACCAGAGAGGAUCGACCCAGGCCGAAUUGAGCCGCCGCCUAAAUCAAUACCAAAGGUUGUUUCUGGGCUCGACGACAUUGCUCCGGGCUCACUGGAUGCCAUAACACGAUUAUACGAGACGGUCUUCGAUACUGUCGUCCCUGUCAGCAAACCCGAAGUCGCGGAGAUGUCAAAGCUGUACGAGAACUGCCAAAGGACGGUAGCUAUUGCGUACGCAAACGAGAUGUCAGACGCAUGCCAGGGACUGGGGAUCGACCCGUUCGAAGUGGCACGCACAGCCGCCAGCAAACCUUUUGGGUACCUGCCCAUGUACCCGUCAUUAGGAAUCGGAGGUCAUUGCAUUCCAGUGAACCCGAUCUACUUCAUGUCGACGUGCAAUCUCCCGUUGCUCCAACAAGCGCACGAAAAGAUGAUGUCGCGGCCGUCGCGCAUCGCCAGCCAGCUUCUUGCAAAUAUGCUAGACGAGUGCCACAAGAAACAUGGUUCGACGCACCGCCCCAGGCUUCUCGUCGUCGGAGUCGGUUUCAAGCCUGGCCAGUCGGACCUGUCACAUUCGCCUGGGCUACAAUUGCUCAACUACAUGCGACAGUCGGGAGAGGUAGAUCUCAUGUUUUGCGAUCCUCUGGUGAACCAGGAGGCGAUACCCGAAGGCAUUCGCAUGACACAUCCAAACUUUGCUGGUAAACAUGCGUGUCUUUGGGACUAUGGAUUAGCAUGCGAUGGCACCCAAUGGCCUCCGGGAUUCAACACAUCAGACACUCCUCGGCCCAAGCUGGGAGAAGUUCCCUACGGAACGAAGAUCUUCAAUUGUAAAGUGGAAAACACACUUGCACUUACAUACGAUGAUGGUCCCCGAGAAUGGACAGCAGAUUUGCUGGACAUCUUGAAGGCCAACGGCGUCAAAGCAACCUUCUACAUCAGGACGAUCAACCUGUACUGGGAGUUGAUAGCCCACAAGUUCGACGAGAGAUCUGCGCUUAUCAGAAGAAUUUAUAACGAAGGACACCAAAUCGCGGGACAUACCUGGGGCCACAAGAAUCUGGAUAAGAUGACUCCGCAUCAGCGCAGAGACGAACAGAUUAAAGCAGAGAUUGUUCUCAACGACAUUCUGGGCUUCUUCCCGACUUAUAUGCGCCCGCCGUUCAAUAUCUGUGGCCCUGAAUGCCAGGUCGAAAUGGGGGAACUCGGAUACCAUGUGACUGCAGCAGACCUUGAUGGACGAGACUGGGAAGGUAAUUACACCUACACGGAAGAAAACUUCCUGGAGAAGAUCAAGGGCAAGAACCGUAACGGGGUUCGGGCCUGGUUGGGCCUUGCACACGAUACCCAUGAAGGUACGGUGCAUAGAUACACGCAGUUCAUGAUCGACAAUGCACGGGCGCAUGGAUACAAGCUGGUGAGAGUAGGGGAAUGCUUGGACGACCCGGAGGAGAACUGGUAUCGGGACCCUUUGACAGGUGGGAGGCCUGUUGAAAUGCCUCCAAGAGACAUGCCGUGA